AACAUUAAGUUUUUAUUGGAAAAAGAAAUACAAGCAGUACUUAGAAAAUGAAUCUUUUAUUUUUACAAAGCAAGUCAAAUUCUCGAUCCUUCCCCUUCGUUUAUUUAGCAUUGCUGACUUACCAGUCCACGUAGGAGCAAUGAUCUAAGCCUGAAAUUGGAAAAACUGAAGUGAAAACCCGGUUUCUCGGGAGGGAGGGAAGGUGGGUCCCAUUCACUUUUAGAACCUUGUGCCACAAGUCACAGCUUAACUUGUGUUGUUUCUGAGGAGCUUCCAUAUAAAAUACUCCACUCUCUGCUCUUGCAACUCACAUUAUCAUCCUCACUUCUCUGACCACUACUCUUGCUCUUUUUUGUCUUGUUUCAUUGUUCUUACUUUCUGUAAUGAGGAACAAAAAGGGUUACCAUAUCAUUCACCCAAUUCCUAAUGAAGAACGAUUUAGCAGUUACUAUUGCUAUUACCUCUUCUGGGUUGCGGUUGGUUACUAUCUCUGGAAAAAAAUUCUCACCAUAACGGGCUACAGGUUCCACCCGACAGAUUUCGAGCUCCUCCAUUACUAUCUACUAAACAAAAAUCUCGGCCGUGAUUCUCUGGUCCAAGCUAUCGCUGAAUUGGAAGAUAUUUGUGGAUUAGAGCCUUGGCAAUUACCUGGACAUUCGAAUAUACACUCUGGCGAUCACGUUUGGUAUUUCUUUUACCGGCCAAGUUUCAAGUACCAGAACGGUUCAAGGAUCAACAGGACAACCAACGAAGGUUACUGGAAACCGACGGGCAAACCUCGUGUGAUAAUGGCUAGGGACCAGGAUAUCGAGAUCGGCAAGAAAAGGACGUUGGUUUUUCACAAGGGACGCGUUAAUGACAAUACCAAAAUGAAGACCGGUUGGAUCAUGCAUGAAUAUGAGCUCACUGCUACUCUUCCUAACCAGGCAACUUUUGUUCUCUGUAAAUUGAAGAGGAAGUUCGGGAAGGCUGAGGUUUCGUGCAUUGAAGAAGGUCAACCAAGUCACUAUUUGCCUCCUAACUUGGGAAAUUAUAUUGCAAAUAAUGCAAAUCAGGCGGAAGCUGCUAGAUGCCUUACGGCCAACUCAGACCCUAAUGAGAUGUUAACACAGCUGGAAGCUCUUAAUGAUCAUGAGGAGCUAGAACAUCAAUCUAUAGAGUGGUGGAAUUCAUAUGUUGGUGGUGGUUUUCCUAAGCACGAUGGCUCUGGCGAUUUCGGAACCCAUGGCGCGGAAAAUGCAAUUCCAAAUCAUCACUUACUUACUGAGACAACAAUGGGGCAAGAGGUACUUCAAGAUCAAUCAGGCACUAAUGAACAAGACAUCAGCAACUUAGGGGACUUAGGGCCUGGUGAUGAAAGAAGCAAUCAACAUAAGUUAGUCAUGGACGAUGAUGGAUGUAACAUGCCAUCUAAUUCCGAAAAUGAUACGGCUGAAGAUUCAGUUAAAAUGGAUUUAUCAACUUUUGCUGGACCAUCAACGGAUGAAGAGGUCUUUGCAGGUUUAGAAGCACUUCCAGAAGCCCAAGGAAACAGGAUUGGGCAAAUGAUUGAUGAUUGGAUUUUAGAUGAAGGAAUACGCAAUGCUUUUGACAAUCAAUGUAGUAGAGAAGAGCAAAAUGCAACAGCUAUAACAGGUGGCUGUAAUUUGUCUUUUGCACCUGAUGCCCUAAAUAUACCUAGGAAAAGGUCACGUACUGAUUAUUGUUAUGAAGGAUUUGGCUUCGACACGAAUCAAUAAGGCACAAACAAACACUCCUUUUGUUUACAAGGAACAAAAGGAAGGGUUUCAGAUAAAAUAUGGUUGUUAUUUGGAUUUGUACUAGUUUUGUAAUUUAUGGCUGUAUAUGAUUAGCUUGUGUGAAUUUGGAUAUUUGUAAUCUGCAUUAGGUUUCUAUGCUGUCCUUGAUACAUGUAAUUUGAAGUAAUUUAUGGCUGUAUAUGACGUAGCUGCUGAUGGCACUCGAGGGCUUUAUGGUAGGUUGAGGUUUAGUUUCAAAAAUAUGUUUAGCUCAAGUCGAAGCUUGACUCCGUCCAGCUAAUCCGAAUGACUUAUCUUUACUGUUUACAAAUAAAAAAAUUAAAGUUACUUA